AUGUGUAGUGCCUUGUGUCAUGGGCUUAAGUCCCCAGCAAGGCGGCUGGCUAAUUUGAGAGUUAAAAACAUAUCAACAUCUAUAGUGCACAAUGAAACUAUAUUAGUAAAAAAUAAUGAUGAAUUUGUUAAUAAGGUAAUCAAUAAUGACAAGGCAGUGAUAGUAAAUUUCCAUGCAGAGUGGUGUGAGCCAUGUAAAAUACUUACACCAAAGUUGAAGGAGCUUAUUGAACCGCAUAAUAACCUUGACUUAGCCAUUGUUGAUGUCGAGGAAAAUGCUGAUCUUGUACAUACAUUUGAGGUAAAAGCAGUACCCGCCGUGAUAGCAAUAAGAAACGGGCUAGUCGUAGAUAAAUUUAUUGGGCUAGUAGACACGGAUAUGAUUAAUAAUCUCAUUGAUCGGAUGUCCGGAAAGAAAAAGGAUGACGCGUAA